AUGGAUAAUUUUAUUGGUGUGAAUGCUCGUAAUAUUGAAAUGCAGAGACCAGUAUCAUCAACUCAAAACAUUAUGUGCAGGAAUUCUAAAAAGCCAAGAAGAUUCCGAAGCGCAUUUACAACGGAGCAAAUAAAAUAUUUAGAAAAGGAGUUCAAAAAGUUUCCGUACAUAGGUAACACAAGUCGACAAGAAAUGGCAAAUGCUUUGAACAUUCCGGAAAGAGCAAUUAAAAUUUGGUUUCAAAAUCGGAGAAUGAAGGAAAAAAAAGAUACAAGUCGAGAAGUGCACAACGUGAAUCAAAAUAAAUUAAUUACUAUGAAUUUAACUAACGAUCAAUUAAAUAAUGUUAAUAAUUUGCAAUCGACUAAUGAUGAAGUUCGUAUCACAACAUCAUUAAAAAGUACUAAUGAAGAUUCUAAUGUCAAUCAUGGAAUAAUGAAAGAAUCUAAAACAGGUUUGUCCAAUCAACAAUGCAAUCAAACAGCUUUGGGUGAUUUUAGAGAACAUGAAAUAACAACAACUACAGAAAAUAUUACAUCACCAUAUUACGCUAUUAGUUCUACUAAUGGUUAUGAAGAUGAAAUUCAUAACCAUGUAUUUGAUAAGAGUGUGCCUCUAGUUAACAAAAUGAAAAUAUUUUCAACAAAAGAUAACAACGCAUCAACAAGUGUAGACGUGCACAACAAAAUACCUUACGAACUUAAAUAUUCUUCACCAACUCAAGAAAUACCGGAGGAUUUGUCUCGGAGAAAUAAAGGUCUACAUUGUCAUCAAGUUAACUUUACAGAUAAUAUUAGAAGAGAAUCUGGGAACACGCCAAUUUAUCUGCAGAAUUGUUAUACGCCUACGUGUGUUACGUCGGGGAAUGUACUGCUAAAACCAGUUAAUGUACCCUACACGUCUUUCAUACCAGGCAUAACACAAUUACAAAAUUCAUAUCCUAGAUCGUACCUCCUCAAUCAGCAGAAUCUUCGCCAAAAUAACUGUCAGUGUGACUGUCAUCUGCAAUUUGUUCCACAAGUCAUUCAAGAUCAAGGUCAAAGUCAAUAUAUUCCGAUAUUCACAACAAUUCCAUACACAAACCCAGAUUUGUAG